AUGAAAUACACCACCGCCGCUCUUUGUCUUAUUUCAGCUACCCUCUCUCUCGCCGCCCCAACCGUCAUAAACACUGUCAGUGCACGAGAAGAUCACACCUGGGCUGGCUUUGCUGUACCUAGCAUCAUCAAGAACCACGACAUCACCAGUAACCUAAACACCCAGGAUGUUCAAACUGCCACAGUGCGUAACGGUAACAUAGAGACAAGCACUCUAUAUGAUAUCCCAAUCCCGGAGUCCGCUGCGGGUAAGACCUGCACUCUAGUCAUCCACGCCGGCCGUAUCGGCAACGGCGAUAAUGUGCUUGGCGAGAAGGCUCUUGACCUCUUCCGCAACUCUUUUACGGAUCUGGCCAACCUACCGUCGGGCAACCUGCGUGACACCCAGCUAGCGCGCGUGCGUUUUGAUGAUGCCACCGGCUUCUAUAACUUCGACAAGGUCGGCUUUUCUAAUCCGGCGGUCGAGAGUUUCCCCUGCCCCGCUGGCAAGACCCUCCACUGGGAGACGGUUGCUGUCGGCCAGUUCGAUAUCAAUGUCAUUAAACAGGACUUCGUGGUUGAUGGUACUAACGCGCCUAACGGCCUGAGCGUUGGCUGGUUCUAA